AACUUAUUUCAGUUUACUCCUAGAAAUCACCGAUAUAAAGUCACAAACUUUUCGCUUGAUAUUUUUACAACGAAUUUUCAUAGUAAAUUUCAAAUAAGAUUAUACUACUUUCUUAUACACUACGAUAACCAUGUCAUUCUGUGGAGCGCGUCCCAAAAAGCCCAUGACUGCCUUCAUGUUGUGGUUUAAUUCAGCCGGGCGCGAACACAUCAAAUCGGAGCAUCCCGAGUUCAAGAUCCAGGAAGUGGCUGUGAAGGGUGGUGAGUUGUGGCGCACCAUGGACGAUGAGGACAAGUCCGUGUGGCAGGAAUCAGCCAACAAGGCAAUGGCGGAGUACAAGGAGAAGAUGGAGCAGUGGAAUGCCCUCGUGGAGCACCAGAAGAAGGUCUGCCUUUCGCAGACGUAUCCCGGUGUCUAUGAAGCUCCGUUGUCCUCUCGAUUCUCAAAUACCUACGAAAGGCCCACCCUUUUUGUGUACGACUGCAAGGAUGACUCGAUGGCUCCGAUCUGCAGGACGUGUUUUUCAAAGGCCCGAUGCUUUCACUAAUCGUUUUUCCUGAGGUUGAUACUACGUAUGCUAAAUUAUUGUUUUAGUCACAUGCACUCGCAAAUCUAAAUUGAUUGUUUUUUAAGUUGCGGAGCGUAGUUAUUUUUUAACAUGUUGGUAUUAUAACAAAAGAAAAUAUUUAUUUUCGUA